AUAAAUAAAUAGUGAAGCAUUAGAUUAGUUAGUUAGUUUAAAAUUUAAAAUUUAAAUUUAAAUCAGCAUAAUUUUAUCUGAUUAGUUAGAUAUUUAUUUUUAAAUUUAAACCUAUUAUACGAUAUGUUAUAUACGUAUAUACUCUAUAACCCUAGCAGCCAGAUAGUAUCGUAUUCCCUUAUUCUCACCAUCUCUCAAUUUCUUUUUUUUUAUUCUCUCUAUUGAACCAAAUCAAUUGUUUUAAUCUUAAGAGCUUCGGGGUUAGCAAUCAACCGAUCAUCGUUCCGUGUCUUCGAAAUCUUCAGGUAAAAUUCGUACUUGUUUUUAUUUUCGUUUUCAGAGAAAUAGGCUUUCAUAAAACUAUCAUAUCUCUCUCCCCAUAGGUCCGUUUUCAGUGAUCUAGGUACCGUUUUAAAGAUAAUUUAAUGAUCUAUAUUUUCUAUGAAGAAACUCUUUCCUAAUUCUGAAUAUUUCGAUGUCAAAAAAUUCAUGUUUUACAGACUGUCGAUUUACAGUUUUUUUUAAAAUUUCUUUUCGAUAUUGCCUUAGUAAAAGUGUCAUAUCUCUCUCGAUAUCUAUUAUUUUCAAGCGAUUCUUGUACUGUUAGAAAGAUAAUUCAAUAAUCCAUAUUUUCUUUGAAGAAACCUUUCCCUAGUUCGGAGUUCUUACCAGUCAAAAGUUAGGAUCUUUACUCGGUUAUGGUAUUUCGUUUUAAGUUUCGUUUCAGGAAAAGUGUCUUCAGUAAAAAUUCAAUAUCUCUCUCAAUUUCGAUCCAUUUUAAAAGAUCUUUAUCUCGUUUUAAAGCUUAGGAAAAUAGCUACAUUUUUUAUGAAGAAAGUAUUGUCUAGAUCAGGGUGUAACUAUUUUUAAAACAUUUAUUUUUAGGCUGUAUUCAGAAAUCGGCGUGAUCCAGGAUUUUAAAGAAACUGUUUUGAGAAAACAUGCAUAACUCCUAGAUUAUAGCUCCGAUUUUGAUGAUCUUUAUACCGUUAGAAAGGUCUUUCAAUUAACUAAAAACUUUGUGAACAGUAGGACUUCUAAUUCAAACGUUUUAUAUGUCAAAUUCUAGGUUAAACUUGCUGUACAGUAAGAGUAAUAAAUAUAUUGAGUUUAUCGGUGGACUAAGGGUUUCACUAAUUGUUAUAGGGCCUAGAAGGUAUCGUAAGAGUUAAUUACAGCGGAGUUGAGAACAAGUUAAGGGAUUUGAUGGAAAACGGUGAACCCAGAAGAUCAACCCGCUUGAAUGAAAGAGCGGCUGUAAGAGACCGAGCUAGAGGUCGAGGGCGAGGAUGUGCUCGCGGUCGAGGCAGGGGAAACCAGCAUGUCCCUGCCGAGGCGGUGAUCCAGGAGAAUCAAAAUGCCCCUGUAAAUGGACAACAACCAGGUCAAGGUGGGGGUAACCACGAAGUCCCUGCUGGGGUAGUUGGUCAAGAACACCAAAACGCCCCUGUAGUUGUGCCACCACAACAAGAAGAUUUGGCGCAAGAAGUUGCUCGUCUCAAGGAAGAAAUUAGGAAGCGAGAUGAAGAGGCUCUCAACCGUCAGGAACAACCCAAUCAAGGACAACAUCAAUUUUUGCCGGUGCAAUACAUGCCUGUGCCGGAGGGUCGAUGGGAACCAAUAUAUGAAAGGUUCGCAAGCAACACCCACCAAAUUUUGAAGGGGGCUCGCAUCCAAUGGAAGCCGAGGAAUGGUUAA